AAAAAAAACAUAAAUCGCGUGGAUUUGAAGACGAAGAAGAAUAAUAAAAGGCGUAACGAAGAAGACGACGAGACGACGAAGAGGAACAAACAACCAUGGGUGAAGUGGUUAAGGAUGGAAGAGAAGAUGUGAUCCAGGCUUGGUAUAUGGAUGACAGCGAAGAGGAUCAGAGACUUCCUCACCACAAGGAUCCUAAGGAGUUUCUAUCUUUGGAUAAACUUGCAGAGCUGGGAGUACUUAGCUGGAGACUUGAUGCUGAUAACUACGAAACCGAUGAGGAAUUGAAAAAGAUCCGCGAAUCUCGUGGUUACUCCUACAUGGACUUUUGUGAGGUAUGCCCGGAAAAGCUUCCAAACUAUGAAGAGAAAGUAAAGAGCUUUUUCGAAGAACAUUUGCACACUGAUGAAGAGAUCCGUUACUGCGUUGCAGGAAGCGGUUACUUUGAUGUGAGGGAUCGCAAUGAAGCUUGGAUUAGAGUAUGGGUAAAGAAGGGAGGUAUGAUAGUCUUACCUGCUGGAAUAUAUCAUCGCUUCACCGUGGACUCAGACAACUAUAUCAAGGCAAUGCGGCUUUUCGUGGGUGAACCGGUGUGGACACCAUACAAUCGCCCACACGACCAUCUCCCUGCAAGGAAAGAGUACGUCGAUAAUUUCGUCAAGGUGAAUGGGGGCGGUGCCAUAGACGCGUCAGCGUAGAGGACUCUCAGUCUUAGGCAUCAGAUUUCUCUAUAAACUAGCAUACAAUAAAGAGAGAUUUCUGUCUGAUGUUGGAUAUAUAUGUUUACUGUUGUCUUUAAUGUCAUCCAAAGACACACUUAAUGAAGACACUUUGAUUCGUGUGGCUUCUGUCAUUAUGGUUGUGUUGUAACAAUAUUUAUACUUUAUACACCAGAAAUCAAACUAUGCGUUACAUAUCAA